UGGCAACCGCUGAAGAUUCCCCACUGGCUACGAAGCUGAAGAAAACAUGGCUUAGAACACCAGUAGGCGAAGAGCAGGCCGCACAAGCCGUACUAGAUCCUUCGAUAGCAGCGUUGGAUGAGGUACUCAACAGUCCCGUACAUCAUUGUCCGGGCGGCGGUACAGCAUCUGCAGAGAAGGGUGAACCACUUACGGCUAAACAACGCUACCAGAUCAAACAUCGUGAGCUGUUUUUGUCACGCCAAGUCGAGGCACUGCCUGCCACACAAAUUCGUGGCAAAUGCUCGGUUACGCUGCUAAACGAAACGGAGUCCCUGCAAAGCUAUCUCAGUAAAGACGAUACAUUCUUCUACUGCUUAGUCUUCGAUCCUAAUCAGAAGACGCUACUCGCCGAUAAGGGUGAAAUACGUGUAGGUAGUCGCUAUCAGAGUGAAAUUCCUGCCAAACUUAAAGAUGUCUCCAGCGAUGAACGCAAGUUAGAAGAUCUCGAAACAUUGGUGUGGACGUCACAGCAUAACCUAAACGAUCGCAAAAUCGACCAAUUUUUGGUGGUGUCGCGCUCGAUAGGCACAUUCGCCCGCGCACUGGACUGCAGCAGUUCGGUGAAGCAGCCGUCUUUGCAUAUGUCAGCCGCAGCAGCUAGCCGUGACAUAACACUGUUCCAUGCCAUGGAUACGCUGCACAAGCACAAUUACUCUAUUGAAGAGGCGAUGUGUUCGUUAGUUCCUUCCACUGGGCCAGUACUCUGCCGCGACGAAAUCGAAGAUUGGAGUGCCUCAGAGGCGAAUCUAUUCGAAGAGGCGUUGGACAAAUAUGGCAAAGAUUUUAAUGACAUUCGACAGGACUUUCUUCCUUGGAAAACUCUAAAACAGAUAAUUGAAUACUAUUAUAUGUGGAAGACGACCGAUCGUUAUGUGCAACAGAAGCGCGUGAAGGCUGUUGAGGCGGAACUAAAGUUAAAACAAGUCUACGUGCCGCAAUAUAACCAGGUAAACAAAGGUGGAAGCGGCGGUAUCUCAAUAAAAGGAGGUGCCAAUAUAUAUAAUGGAACAACAAAUGGUGGUGCUGAUCUUUCUAACAUUGGCAAACCAUGUGAAUCUUGCUCAACUGUUAAAUCUUCACAGUGGUAUCCAUGGACGGCCAGUGGUCACGGCAUGUGUCGUCUCUGUCAAAAUUGUUGGGACUAUUGGAAGAAGUAUGGUGGCUUAAGGAAUGCGGCUAAGCUCGAAGUCGAACCUGAACCUAAAAAGAAAGCCCCCGUUGUGGUCGAUGUAAUCGACACCGAAAAAGUGAGCGAUUUAUCUAAUCGCCAAAUGCACAAAUGCCCUAUGGUCAAUUGCGGCAAAGAAUUUAAAUUAAAAACUCAUCUAGCGCGCCACUUCGAUCAAGCGCAUGGUAUCGCAAUUAGCUCGGGUUCACCACGGCCCAUCAUGAAAACUCGCACCGCCUUCUAUCUACACACAAAUGCAAUGACGCGUCUGGCACGCGUUCUCUGUCGAAAUUGUAUAAAAUUCAAGAAGGCAGCACGUCAAACGUCGUUCGCGAUCAACACGCUACUGGUGAAACAAGAAUUUACAAAUCGAAUAAAUGAUAAAACCGCUGCUGAUAUAAAGAGAAUUCUUCUGAUAAAAAGGAAAAAGCGAGAACGUGGCAGCGUUACUAAAAUCGCAAAUCGUUUGGGCUCACCGGGCAUUGGACCACACGAAUGGUUAGUGUUGACACCAAAGGAUAAAAUACCAAAACCCGAUGUGGUCUAUUUCCCCAAGCCUCCAAAAGCACCAGAUGGCAGUUUAUUGUACGAUCGUGUGCCCAAUAAAGUUUUGGAGCCCGAGAAGGACUUAACCAUUUUACCAGCGCCAGCGCCGAUAGUAACAGCCCCCGUAGCUGCUGCAGUAUUACCUACAGUGGUACCUGCAAUUUCACCGUUGCCAGCUCCCAAGGUAACAGCAGUUAACACAACUCCAUCGGCAACCAAACCAGCAGUAGAACGUUCAAGAGCGAUUAAGGAAUUGCCACCAGUUCCAACGCCUGUUACGGGCGGUGGAGGUGCAGCAGCGCGACGUACCGACUGUUGGCGCAAGCGUGGCCGUGACCGGAACGAGGAGGCAGCGGAUGGAAUGCUUUACCCUGCAUAUCCGCCAACUAAGCGUCCAAAUAAGGAUCCCAUGCCAUCCCAUCGCCCAAGCAAUGAACAAUUUGCCGCAAUGAUGGCCGCUGCCGGUCAUACCUUGACGAGACAUCACCUAAACGGUAAACCGAAGUUAGCACAAAUGGGGCGUAUCGGCAACGGACGCAAGCAGGUCAUUAGCUGGGUAGAUGCACCAGAUGACUAUUAUUUUAGAGCUUCAGAUACCAGCAAAAAAUGGCGCAAAACACUUUCCCCUACCGACCUGCGACGUGUUGCACGUAAACCGUGGCGAGAGCUACCAAUCAAGGCACAACAAAUUGCACAGAUGGCACAUGCUGUGACUGCACCGUCAAUGGUGAUGAGCAGACAAAUCGAAUCGCAAGUUGUAAUACUCGACUGACCGUCGUCAGUGGCAGCAACCACAACGAGCACAACGACAACAGCAGUAGCAAAAACGAUCGCAGUGACAUCUACAGAAACUGGCACAACCGUUACGUCUAUGGGACGCAAUGAAAAACCACUACAACAGCAACAACAGUCACGGCAAAUACAAAAACAACAGCUACAAACUCAAAGCAAAACCACAACACCACAGCGUACCCCACCACCAUUUCCAUACACUAUGGAUGCAUUGCUGAAUUAAAUGCUUGUGAAUUAAGCUUCUAAUCAUAGAUGGUGAAUAUACGAGUCUUAUGUAUUUUAAUGUUGUGGUGAGGAUGCUGAAAGGGCGCAAAUCUUGCGUAUUGCCAAUGCAUUCAGUUACGCUUGCGCAGUUGCACUGGCGGGGGCAGUAUGUGCGUGUGUGUCUGUAAAUAGAGAAGAAAGCAAUUCAAAUGAUUGAGUAAGGGUAGUACAUACAUAAAUAGAUUGAUCGGUGGAAGAGUUGCCGAAAAUGGCGGCAAGCAAAUAUGGACAACGAUACAGCUACAUAUUUACAACUUUAAUAGUGUGUAAUUAAAUAAUUAAAAUAUACAUAGAAAAAAAAUUAAUACAUACUUAAGAUAAGUCAUCUCAACACUUAGACACAUACGCAUGGCAUGUAUGUAUCGAAUAUAUGUAUGUUGAUAUGAUAUUUCGGAAUUCACGGAAUAUGACAUAAUCUCAGCUUAAAUUUAUAUCCGUAACUACAGCCGCAGCCGUAUGGUUAUUUAAAAGAAAGUGUAAAAUUGAACAAACAUUUUUGCGUAAACCUUUUCUGAUCGGUCAUGGUAGCCUUAGUUCUGUACAGCUUUGUCAACGGCCAUUCUACUGCUUAUGUUGUAAUAUGCCUUGUCAUACUAUUCUGCGUAAAAUAGCCUGCUCUUCAACAUUUUGCCUUUAAUUUUUAUCUGAUUUUAGUUUAAGUACUUUAUUUUGCAUGAAAUGUAUAUUCCUAUUUUGAUUAUUGCAUCCUUUCUCCUUAGUUCGAUAAGUACUUUACGCUUUGCUAUAGAAUUUUAUUAAUUUGUACAAUUGCAAUGUGAAACUAAAAGUGUCACGAUAUGCUAAAUGUGUUUUUAAAAUGUAAAAAAACGUGAAAAUGAAAAGAAAAAGAUAAAAAAUUUUCAAAACGUCAAUUAAGAAAUGUGCAACCAUUUAAUUUCGUCUAGAUUUACUAACUUUCAUCAAAUCGUAAAAAAAAUGUAUGUAUGUAUGUCAAUUGAGUUUCAUGAACAAUUUUUAACUUGCAAAGUCGUUUUGUGUUAAUAUCGUAUUAUUUUGAUUCUUUGAAAUGGUCGCAAUAUACAUAUUUUAAGAGAAAUACAGUAAUAUAUAACUAGAACAAAAAUUGAAUUUGAGAAUUGAAGUUAUUAACUAUUGAUUUAUAUAUACUAAAAUGAUUCAUGUGCUGUUUGCUGCUAACGAAUAUAACGAAGGGCGUAGCCAGCAGCUCAUCGCAAAGGUUGAAAGAGGGGCAACGCAUAUAGACUCGAGGCUCCUCAAGACACACAGAUAAUGAUUUGCUUACACAGCAGUAGAAAUAAAAACAGAUAAAUUCUGCUCUUAUAUUUGUACAACAUUUUUUUUUUGUUUUCGUUGCAACGGCCAAAGGAGCAAAUAAGUAUGGAGAG